AUGCAGAGGCUCGAGUUCUUGGACCUGGUCGAUCUUGACAGCGACGGCGUUCGGGGAACUAGGUUGCGGCUCCAAGUGCAGGUCCUCAAUGUGAAGGAGUCGUUUUACCAGGAGGCGGCUUCGGAUCACCGGAACAAGAUCGCGGCAGCCGAGAAGAUCGCCCUUAUCCGGCCUUAUCCGGACCAUGAACUAGAAAGCUCCUCAUUGCAAGAUGGAGCCGUGGGACGGCCUGUUCAGCUCGAGUUGCCAGUGUCACCAACGCCUUCCUUUGCCGUCCAGGCCAAGGCCUCGGUGGCUUCGGCCCAGGAGGCCCUUAGCAGCUUCGAAGCGCAGCACCCGGUAAAGCCGGCGGAGGCCCCUGCGGAAGAGAAAAAGAGGAAAAAGGAGGAGGCGGAAGAGAAGCCCAAGGAGGAGGCAAAGCCAGAGAAGAAGGAGAAGAAGUCCAAGGAGGAUGCCGAAGAUGGCGAGAAGAAGGGCAAGACGGAGUCCAGCAAGGAGAAAGAGGAGAAGCCGAAGAAAGCCGUCCUCACCCCUGCAUCUGCCGUCUCUGAUGAAAAGAAGGACGACGAUGACGAGGAGGGCAGUGCUGAGACGGACAAGGUGGAGGAAGACAGCGAAGAGGAGGAAGAGGAAGAGGAGGAGGAGAAGGAGGCCGAGGAUGCAAAAGCAGACGAGGAAGACAAGGCCUCCGCCGAAGAGAGCCCGACAGAAAAGGAGGGCGAGGACGAAGAUUCAGAUGAUGAUGAGGAGGAGGAGAAGAAGAAGAGUGCGUCGGCAAAGCCCGCCAAAAGCUCCAAGGCGCCUGCCAAAAAGGCAGACGACGACGAUGAUGACUCCGACUCCGAUCGGGAUGUCGAUGGCAGUGAGGAGGAUGAUGACGAUGCCAAUGACGACGACAACGAUGACGACGAGGAGUCCUCGGAUUCCGAGUCGGACGAGUCGGAGGCGAAACCGAAGAGCAAAAAGACCGCGAAAGAUUCCAAAAAGAGCGACAAAAAGGACAAGAAGGAGAGCAAGAGCUCGAAAAAGAAGGACAAGAAAUCUAAGAAAGAGGUGAAAAAGCCUAGCAAAGACAAGAAGAAAAAGAAGGACGAGAGCGAUUCUGACGAGGACAGCGAAAGCGACAGCAGUUAG